AUUCUAUCCUGCAUCUGACAGGACACGUUCAGACCGAGUACGGCGGACCGGAGAUGCAGCCCAUGAAGCGCAAGACGCCUUCUGGGCAUUCUCCAUCCCCUGCCCCAGGGAGUGGAAAGCCUUUCGUCAAGCCAGAACCGGUAGAGCAUGAGGUGAAGAAACAACGAUUCACUGCUGGCCCGAGCUUCCAGUCUGGUCCUGGCACUGGCUCCUCAGUCAACGCCUUGGGAACUGCCGUGAUGCAGAUGUCGGCGCAUCUGAAGGCUGUUGGAACCUUAGGAUAUCAAGAUGCCUACUUCCAUGCUCAGGCCGAAUUCCCUUCGCAUGAUCCCGUCAAGGUCCUGGAGAUGCUCAAAAGGCUGGAAAGGGUGAUUUUCAACGACGUCAACCAGGUGUUCUCGUACAAUCCUGAGCUCACCCUGGCCAAUGAGGCCCAGAUUCGAGGCUAUAUCAGGACCAACUCUACCCCGACUCAGCCGGUGCUCUUGAGGAGUAUCCGCGAGGCCCUCCCGCCGAACGGCACCAGCAUUAUCGAGGAUCUCGAGCGUCGAGGCGAGAUUCAAGUAAUGCGAUCUCUGACAGGGCAAUUCAAAGAUCCGCCUCUUCCGCGAUUAGGUCGGAAGAAUAUUCUGGGAUUAAAAAUCAAUGAUUCGGGCAAUGGAGGUUCCAGAAUGCGUAGCCUCUGGUGGGAUGAUCUGAGAGAGAGAGAUAGAGCGGGGAAAAGAGCUGAUGAUGAUUUCAUCUUUGCCUGGGAUGAUGUGGUCAUCACCGAAGCGGACGACAUUGUUAGACUACUGGAGAAGGAAAAUCUUGGAGCUGGAUCUGCCAUGCCGGCUGCCCCCAAGAUUGUUGCCCAAGCGCCAGCCAAGAAGAAGAAGACACGACGAGGUCCCUUGAAGAUAUCCAACGUGCACAUGAAGGAACAGGGCAUAGACUUUUCCAAAGACUAUGAAGGGCCUUCUUAGCGGAUCCAAAGGGAUGUACCUUUGGUUGGGUGGUGGCACCCAUUUUUUGUGGCAUGUGGAUGUGGCACCCGAUGAAUGCCGGCAACGUUUGUUUAUGACCUGACGUAGCUUUUAAAUCAAUGGAGAGGGAGUGUGGAGUAGGAAGAUGGCAAGGGAUGGGCGGAACAGUCAUUGUUGUAAUCAAGCAUUCGCAUAAGCACAAAGUAUGUCGUGGAGAAGUAGAAGACGCAUGCAUAGUACCACACUGUCGCUCCA